CACAACGUUAAAUAGUUUCAAAAAAAUAUAUUGCGCGAAAUGGAACUGGAAGAUUAGAUAUAUUUAGAUUUCAUCAAGAUUCAAGGAUGUCUUCCAGGAAGCCUUCACGUCAGUCCACAAAACGGAAAGCAGCUUCAGAUGCAGCUGACUCAGACUCUGCUAAGGUGGAGAAAAAAGUCCGUAGCUGCCCAAAAAACACAUGUCCUGCCAAAGCUCCUAUUUGCUUUGCCAGAGUCUCUUCAACGUGUUGUGGAAAUGGUUACACCUCAAGAUGGUAUCAUAUAACUGCAGGUGAACACUUCUGCAAUGAAUGCUUCGAACAUUUCUACCGAAGCCACAACGUUGGGUAUGACAUUUAUGCGAACUGGAAGCGAUUAUGGAGUCAAUAUGGGAACUCGGACAACGGCAUCAAGGCGUACAUGUGUGACCAGAUUCUGCCAUACUGGGUACAAUGUAACCUCUGCGGAAAAUGGCGGAGUGUUUUCCGGGAAACAGAAAUUACAACUAAGUUCCUGAAGAGUUAUGUCUGCACAAAAGUUUUGAAGCAUAUGAGUCAAGAAGAAUCCUGUGACACUCCUGAAGAUUUUCGCGUGGAGAUGGCAAAAGAGAUCUACUUCUGGCCGAUGCACAUCUCGUGUAACCAGUAUCUGCGUAAUGCUGUCUACGCUCCAUAUCUUCGCGACUUCACACAGGAUAGCGUGGGAAUUAGUCCCUCCGAUACCUCUGUACAUAAGUUUGAGGAGGGGAUAUUUGAAGUGCGUCCGUACCUGCAACCCUUCCAGUACGACAGCGACUCACCAGCACUUACAUUCCCCCCUGAUCACCUCUCCGAUGAGGAGCAACUUUAUUUCCCGGAAUUCACCGGCAUUUACCUCCGAUACUACCUCAUGAUAAGGAACACUGCAGUCACCCUGUGGUGCCUUGAUGUUAAGACGUAUGUUACCCUUGAGCUUGUGAUGCUACACUUGAACUUGCGAGGCCUGUCCCGAGUCUGGCUAACUCUGCAUGUGGAACGUUUGCUGCUAUACUUGACCUUGAAAGGUCACAUCAAUGUUGGCAUACUUACCCCACCCAAAUCUGCAUCAUUUAUACAAGACUUAGAACAGGAACAGAAGCACCCAGUAGUGAUUGUGGGAGGCGGUAUAGCAGGACUAACCGCAGCUAGACAGCUUGUAAACCUGGGUGUGCAGGUUCAAGUUAUUGAGGCAGGACCUCAGCUGGGGGGUCGGGCAGUGGAUGGUGAGGGGUCAGAAUUCCCCUCCCAGGCUCACAUGGUCAUUGGCUGUUACAACAACCCCCUCGUAGUCAUGUGUAAACAGACUGACAUUCCAGUAGCUGAGUUAAGUGAGAGUUGCGUGCUCCUAACUGAGUCAGGGGAGAUAAUUGAUGACAAAAUAGACAAGCGAAUGCAGUUCCACUUUGAAGCAAUGCUUGACAUCAACAAACAGCUGUGUAAAGAUCAAGAAAAGGACAAGAGUCUUUUAGACCAAUUUCGGCAGCUCCACUCGCAGUUCAAGGAUGAAUCUGGCAUUCGUUUCUCUAAGCUGGAAGAACAACUGCUUGAGUUUCACAUGUCAAACCUGGAGUUUGCUUGUGGGAGUCGACUGUCCGAGGUGUCUGCACUCCAUUGGGAUCAAAACGACGACCUCCCGCAGUUCUCCGGUCCGCCAAUCACGAUAAAUGGCAACUUUGAGAAAAUACUUGCAUCUCUUGCAGAGGGGAUUGAUAUUGUUAAAAACUGUCCGGUGACCAGUAUAGACUACACUGGAGAUGUUAUAACUGUGACAGGUGGCAGUCAACAGUUCCAGGCUUCUAAGGUGGUUGUAUGCGUACCCCUGUCAGUUCUGAAAGACGGUGAGAUCAAAUUCACUCCGGCCCUUCCAGAGGAUAAAACCAUCAGCCUGGGUUGUGGCCAUGUGGAAAAGGUGAUGUUGAAAUUUGACCGAGCAUUCUGGGAAGGGAAGGUUAGGGGCGGAGCGAUGUUUGGGUGUGUUUCCACGACAACAGGGGAGAGAACAAUGUUUGAUGUAUUCUAUGACAUUUCUCAGAAGGGCCAGGCAAUGCUGUGUACAUAUAUAUCCGGGGAGCGAGUUGAGAAGAUCAGAGGUCAGACUGACCAGCAAGUGGUUGAUGCCUGUGUCCAGUGUCUCAAGAAUAUGUUCAAGGACGUUCCUGCUCCCACCCAGUUUUUCAUUUCCCGCUGGUACGAGCGACCCAAUGUUGGCAUGUCCUUUUCUUACAUUCCCGUUGGGGCUGGUGCUGACGCCUUCGCCAAUAUGGAGAGAGAGGUGUCAGAGAAGCUCUUUUUUGCAGGAGAGGCAACAAGUGGGCAGUUCCCCCAGACGCUGACUGGCGCAUACAUGAGUGGUCUUCGGGAGGCGGAAAAGAUUUACCGGUCACUGGGUGAUAUCACGUGAUCACAAUCAUGACCUUGUGAUUACAUUAAUGGUCAUGUGAUCACUGUCACAGUCAUGUGAUUGCAUUAUGAUCAUGUGAUUACUGUCAAAGUCAUGUGAUUGCAUUAUGGUCAUGUGAUCAUUGUCAAAGUCAUGUAAUUGCAUUAUGGUCAUGUGAUCACUGUCAUAGUCAUGUGAUCACUGUCGCUGUCAUGUGAUUGCAGUUAUGGUCAUGUGAUUGCAUUUAUGGUCUUGUGAUCACUGUCGCUGUCAUGUGAUUGCAGUUAUGGUCAUGUGAUCACAGUCAUGAUCAUGUGAUCAGCUAUGGACAUCUGAUCACAGUCUAGUACUGGUCAUUUGAAUUUGUCACUGGCAUGAUAUAGCCAUUACUGAAAACACUUGUUUUGGGGGAGAAAUUCUUCAGACUUCUUGGACGUCUUGAACACAUUUUAAUUGACUUGACAACCAUGUUAAACAAAUAAUGACAUGCUAAAACUUUUUCCUAUAUAGAUGUUGAAUCCAAAUGUAUUCAUACCACACUAUUUGAUAUAGUGAGUGUACAUGUAGUUGUGUAUAUAGAAUUUUGUAAAUCCGUAAUGAUUAGGAGUGUUGUGUUCAUAGGUAAGAUCCAGUUAUCAUGUUGGUGAUUUUUUUUAUUGGAAGAACAGUUAGUGUUUUGUCAUUAGUCCAUAUAAACUAUUCUACAUCUCCCAGCCUUGGACGUGAACCUAUCGAUUACUUACUGUCUGGAUUGGCUGUCAAAGGAUAUGUGUUAUAAGGUUAUAAACUGCUGUCAAUAUGAAAUGAUUUUAAAUUGACGAUAUAUUUUCAACUAUAUUUGUUAAUGUGCAAUCAUGUUUGCUGGCACCGGAAGUGAAUCUUCUGCAGGCAACACAAUUCAAAUGAACACAGCUUUCUGACAUAGAAAAUUAUUUUAAAAAAAUCCAUAUAAUUUCUUGGUGGAGUUUGUCAUAGGGUUAAAUGAACAUGGAAAUGGCAACUACCACUUCCAUGAAAAGCGUAUUACUUGCUUACAAGUAUAGCCAAUUUGUUCAGAAGUUGUAUUUUGUGGAAUAUUGUACCUAUAAUUACCUGUACACAUUUUUCUCAAUCUGAUAGACAUUCCUAAUGUUAUGUGUGUUAUGACAUCAUCAGGUAAUGUACAGAAUGAUGCACUUUGUUUUCCUGGUCCCCAAAACCGACAGUUUUGAGAUCCAUAUGUUGAAUACCUUAGUCUACGAUAUCUGAUUGUGUUUUUCUUUGUCUGGAGUGUAUUUUUAAGGCGGCAUCAUAAAUAUGCCGACAUACAGCGUUGCCCAUGCAGCACUUGCAAGUCGUAAUUACGCCUCAAUUAAACAGCCGAAUUGUUUUAUUUAUAAAGUAUAACCCUGCUCUGUUAGAAAAACCUGUAGUUCUUUCAUGAAAAACUGUUUAUAUAAAUUGGUAUCAUUUUCUGUCAGUUUAUGUCCAGUAUCGUUGUUCUGUCUAAAGAAAUGAAAUGUUUACCAUAAGUAUUGUUUACACAUUGGUCUUUUGCCUGGUAACAGACUCUGUAUGAUAUUGUAGUUAUUUUCCAUACAUUUGAUGCAAUCUGCAAAAACCAGGUUGAAAAAGACCUAAUGCUUGAAAUCAUUUUGUUUUCAGCAUGCUAUGUUUUUAAGCACAACAUUGGUUUUAAUUUUACUGUGUCUUUGUUAAUAAAACAUGUUCAAGCUUAAAAAAUCAGCAUGUUGAAAUAAAACGUCACUUCUCAUUCGAUCGUUUCACCCAUGGCCUGGUUUUUGGAGAUUGUUUGACAAUUAUUUGUAUAUACUCGUAAUGUUAACCUUUUCUAUGUUGUUGAUAUGUUUCAAUUUUGUCAAUGUUGUCUGUUGGAGUUUUGUUGUGUUAGAUCAAAUAAUAGAAUUAAAUGUGUCCUGCCUUUCACAAAAUGUAUCAUAUUAAUUCAGAAACAGUGUGGUCUAGAUGUUGUGCAAAAAUUAAAGGCACCAAAGCAACAGAUAAUGCAAAUUAUUUAUUUUUUAAAUAGAAAAAAAAUAUAUAAUUACAACAUAUUUUUUUUUAUUAAAAGAAACCCAACCAUAAAUAUAUGCCCAUGGCAUUUUAUAUGUAUAUUCAUAAUUCUUGAUGUUGUCACAUUUAUUUCAAAAUUUGCUGCUUGUAAAUGUGGUACUAGUGCUAAAAUGUUUGUAUAAGCAAUGCUAUAGGCUUUAUUAAUAGCAUAGGGUUUUAGCUUAAUGGUAAUGGAAGGGUGCUGCACCCUGUUCUUUUUUGGAAAGCACCCUUCUGUCGCUAUGGAGACCAGCAUAGGCACCCUUCUGUCACUAUGGAGACCAGCAUGGGCACCCUUCUGUCACUAUGGAGACCAGCAUGGGCACCCUUCUGUCACUAUGAAGUGCAGCAUGGGCACCCUUCUGUUACUAUGGAGACCAGCAUUGGCACCCUUCUGCCACUAUGGAGACCAGCAUGGGCACCCUUCUGUUACUAUGGAGACCAGCAUGGGCACCCUUCUGCACUCAUGGAGACCAGCAUGGACACCCUUCUGUCACUAUGGAGACCAGCAUGGGCACCCUUCUGUCACUAUGGAGACCAGCAUGGGCACCCUUCUGCCAUCAUAGAAUUCUAUACUAAAAGAAUAAUUUCUUGUGUGUCAAAUAUUUCUUUUGUUUUGAUUAAAACUUACAAUUUGAUUAUAAAUACAUACACACUUUACCUAUUUGGCAGUUGAAACUUGAUAUGACUUUGAUUAAAUACAAACUCAUGUUCAUUCCAUUCAUCAAGUUCUUUAUAGCAUUAUACAAUCCAACCUCCCUGCCCAAAUUCUGCAGCACCAUGUCCUUUUUUUAAAACCUGGCUGAAUCCCAAUAGCAUGUUGUAACAAUACACAGUAUAUAUGUAAAUUGUUAUAGAGAAACAAAUUUAUCAUCUUAAAGAACACAAAUCAUAACUAGUGUUAAAAAUUGAAAAUAAUUUACUUGAAUAAUUUUAGAAUAUAGAUGGUUUAUAUUUUUUCAUAAUUUGAAAGAACACCUGGCCCAAAUUUCUCGUAACUUCUUAAGUCCCUUAUGACAGGAUUCAGCUAAACUCACUAUUUUUGUUGUUCUAUAAUAUGCGUUAUAUUUACUUCUUUUAGAGUUUUUAUAAAUUAUAUAAGAAAAAUUUGUAUGCUUAUUAGAAGAAAUCAUUUUUCAUUUAUCAACAUCCAUUAUUAGUAUGUAUUUUUUCUAAUUGAAAUAAGCGACUUAAGCUUGUUAAGCUUAAGAAGUUUUGAGAAUUUGGGGCCAGGCCUCAAUUCCUUGAAUAUUAAGCACUACACGGUUAAGCAGCUUAAUUUAAGCCAAGUUUCUCACCUUAUCUUGGUUUUCUAAAUAAUAAGAUAGGUAUUGGUGAUAAAACAUAAGGAUUAUUUCUUUUUAAACCCCAGAAACUGUAGAAUAUAAAUAUUAAACAAAUUAUACCCUCAAAAAUAAUGAACUUGGCUUAAUACUGUCCUAAGGGACAUAUGACGCUUUGAGGAAUUGUGGCCAGGAGAAGAAUUCAUGAAGCAACCUAGUGAACAUUUUCGACUUAGUGAAAGGUUGCUAUUUUUUUUACACUGAUUAUUUAAAUACCAUGUAAUAUUCAUCAAAUUUAUUAAUAUGCAUUUAUUAUUUAGACUUUUUUCUUGCUUACUUUUAUAUUUUUGGUGUAAAAAAAACAUUGUAAGAUUUCUGUAAGUUGAACUUAUAAAAAUUAAUAUUUCACUAAUUUUUUUCCCACUAAGUUGCUUUGUUGGAACAGAUUUGUUCUCAAUAGUAUUGUAAUGUACAUGUAUGAUUGUUUAGAAGAUUUAGAUAUAUAUAUAUAUUUGUUCAGAAUGAAAUGUUUUGCCAGAUACCUCUCUUUAUGUUGCUCAUUGAUAGAUCAAAUUUAUAUUUAAUUUUGAUAUUUUAUAAGAAUUUUUACAAAGUUAACUUCGAUUCAUUUUAUAGUUCUUGAAAUAACCCUUAUGCAUAUAGUGUUUGUAGUUUAGUUAUACUGUAUUUCAAGCAGUCUCAAUGAAUGUUGUCUGUUAGCUAUAUAUAUGAAUUGAAAAAGAUGCAUACUCUAAUUCUAAUCAAUUCUUUUUACUUAAAAGAAAUAAUUUGAUAUAAAUAUCCUUUUAAUUUCAGCUUUAUCUCAACUUGUUUGUUUUUCUGAAAUUUCUAAGAAUAUAUGUAAAAACAGAGAUGGUGUCAUCAUCCGCCAUGCUUUCAUGCAAAAUCUCUUCUGAGCCAUAUUUUAAAUACCUUUUAAGAAAUUGACAUGAAACAUGGUACACAAGUUCACUCUGACAAUAUGUGAGCUCCAAGACACAUUUGGGACUCGGAAUAAAAUCUCAGUUGAGUUAUGUCCCUUGCUGGAUUAAGAAAAAUAGUCAUCUGGUAACGGUGCAUUUUUACUUGAGUUUCACAUUUUGUCCAUCUUAUUUAUCAUAAAAAAUAUCAUUAUGAGACAUAUUUAUGUAACCUGAAGGUCCUUUAUGACAUAGAUGUAAGUUUAGCACAUAACUCUGUCCGGUGGUGGCCAACGUCAACUAUUGCUUGAAACAGCAUCUCCAAAACAGCUUGGACAAAUUGGAUGAAAGUUUUCUGCGAUGUUCCUUAGGUGAUGCCCUUUAAAAAUUGUUAUAAUAUAAUUACAUGCAUAACUCUGGUUGCCAUGGUAACCUAAAAGAAAACCUUUUAAAAUCUUCUUGACAAAAACCGUAAAGCCUAGAGCUUAGAUAUUUGGUGUGUAAUAUUGUCUAGUAGUCUUCUUUCUACCAAGACUGUUCAAAUUAAGCCCCUUGGGUCAGAUUGAUCAUGCCCUGAGGGUCACCUGUUUUGCAUAAAGAUAUAUAAGGAAAUCUUUGAAAAUAUUCUUGUCGGAAACAGACCUUGUUCAAAUUAUGCCCUGGGUGUGAAAACUGGCCCAGCAAGUUUCCUGCAGACUUAUCUAGGAAAUCUUUGAAAAUCUACUUGUCUGUAUCCGCUAGGUCCAGACCCUUGAUAUUUUGUAUAUAUUAUCAUUUAGUGGUCCCCUACCAAGCUUGUUCAAAUUAUACCCCAGAGGUGAAAACUGGCCCCAACGUGGGCAUCACUAUAUAUAUACUUAUAUAGGGAACUUGUUGAAAAUCUUUUUCUCUAAAACCAAAAUGCCCAGACCCUUAACCCUUAGGCUGCUGAUGGCGAUUUUAAAGGCUUUGCAAACAGCUUGGAACCAGACCAGACGCCGAGUAACUCGGCGCCUGGUCAGGUUCCAAGCUGUUUGCCACUCAGUCAAUAUAUGCCCAAAGUUUUAAGUAAAUUGAAAGAAAUUUAGAAUAAACCAGACGACAUUUUUGAGCAGACGACAAUUUACCCAGCAUGCAAAGGGUUAAUGUUUUGUCUACAGCAUCAUAUGAGGGCUCUGCAAAAUUUGUUCAAAUUAUGCCUUAGAGGUCAAAAAUGGCCACGGGCCGGGGGUCACAAGUUUCCUACACACUAAUGUAGGUAAAUCUCCUAGUCUGAAACCACUACGCCCACACCCUUGAUAUUUUGUAUGUAGCUUCAUAUAGUAGUCUUCUUUGAAGUUUGUUCAGUUGUGCCCCUGAGGUCAAAGCUGACCCCACCCUGGGCGUCUAAAGUUACUUUUAUACAUAUAUAGGGAAAUGUUUGACACUUUUCUUGUCUGAAACCACUACGCCCAGAAACCAAAGCACUGCAAUUUAGACCAUAAGGGCAGUUAUGAAAAUAAAUAUCAAUGUUAUGCUUGGAAGACCUAGUGUGUGACCAUUUGACCUGCUUUCUUAUUGUUUGAAGCUAUAGCAAUGUAUUUGGACCAUGUGUACAGUUUCUGGCUAAGAUAAUUAUAAACAAUCGUCUGCUUGUGGUGCUUUUUUACUUUACAUAUUUUGUCUGUUGAUUUUGACAUGAUUUUUUAUAAUAUCCACAGUGACAUUUUUCAUAAGACAGGCAAAUAACUCUUGCUAAGACAUCUGUUGAGUUAUGUUUCUUGGUUGACUAAAAAAAAGGGGAAUUUUUGGAAUCGUCUUGAGGUGCAAUUUAAAGUUGAGUUUCAUAUUUUGUUAGUCAUUUUUGUUUUUUAACUUAAUUAGUUCUUCUGUUAUUAUAUUCUAGUAAAAUGAAAUCUAAACUGAUUUUAUCAGAUCAAAGUUGAUAUCUUAAAAUCCACAUUGUUUACUUUUUGGUAGAAAUUGAAAUAUAUGCCAAUAAUCGGAUUUCGGAUAAUAUUGUUGAUCAGAUAAUAUUAUGAAUGCAUGUAUAUAAAAAGCAUUGAGAGAAAAGACAAUGUUGACUUUUCAUAUAUAUUCAAUGAAUUCUGGUUUAUGUUUCAGAUUGAACAAGCAAAAAAAUGCGUAUUUUGUAUUUUUGUUUUUCGUAUACUUUUGUUAGUAAAAUAAAAUUUAUUA